AUGUUCAGCAAAGUUAUCGCAUUCGGUGCUUUCUUAGCCGCUGCCAAAGCUGGUCUGCACGGCCAAGCUGUGUCAUCUCAGAGCAUUGUCCGUCACGACACCGGCUACGGAUCAGCUGCCUACGCGCCUUUAGCUUACGGAGGACAUUAUGGAGCUUCUCAGUACGAUGGACACGACACCUAUGCGCACCCAAACUACGACUUCUCCUACUCCGUGGCUGACCCCCACACCGGAGACCACAAGUCCCAGCACGAGAGCCGCGACGGUGACGCAGUCCACGGCUCCUACUCCUUGGCGCAGCCCGAUGGCUCCGUCAGACAGGUCCACUACACUGCUGAUGACCACAACGGAUUCAACGCAGUAGUACACAACUCGGCGCCCUCAGUUCACCCCCAGCACGCCUACCACCACCACUACUAA